AUGACGGACCCUAAUCGUCCUCCUUUUUUCUCCUAUGGAUCCUACCCAUCUUCAUCAGAUUUCCAGGAGAAUGAGCCUGCAUACAGUGACUGGACACCAUCUCAGUUUCCACAGGCACAAUUUGGGCCUCAGAUCAAUUAUGAACCUAUCCCUAGCUAUGUCGAGAACCCCGCAGGCCCCCGUGUCGGCACUGGGGAAAGAUCUUUGAACUCAAAGGUUGCCAUACCGCGGUCAGCAAACCCCAGUAGUUGGACCAGCAGCGGGCGAGUCAGCCGGGCCUGCGAAAAUUGUCGUGAGCAGAAAGCCAAGUGUAGCGGCCAUCGCCCGACCUGUCAAAGAUGCCAGGAGUCGGGGAUCCGUUGCUCCUAUGGUGACCGGAAGCGAGAGAAGAUGGCCAAGCAGCUCAGUGAGCUGACAAACCAGGUUCAAGUCUACGAGGCUUUAUUGCGCGAUAUUUAUCCAAAGCUGGAACCCCAGUCUGCGCAAUAUGUUGAGCAGGUCCUGAACGAACAAAACCCCGACAACGACCAAUUCUCUGGUCAACAAACUGCAACGCCAUCUCCAGCUCUUAAAUUAUCUGAUGCUGCUCGCGUCUCAAGCCCUGCCGCUUCUACUCCGGUCUUCUCGCUGGGAGCUUUAGAUUACACCAGCGAAGAUUUCAACCGUGAUGAGAGAAUUCAAGCCAUGGGCUUCGUUGGCGAACAUUCUGAGAUUGCCUGGAUCUACAGAUUGAAAAGGCUGCUUGAGCAGAUCUCUGUUGGGUCUAAAGAUGAUUCAGAUCGUCAGUCAGUUGCUUCGUCGAACUUUUUCCUUGAUGAUUCGGAUAUUACUGUACUGGAUGAUAUCGAUCUCUCGCAACGUCCCUCGCAAACAGUUGCUGAUCAGCUCGUGGACGAGUAUUUCCAAGUUGUACACCCUUCCUUUCCGAUUAUCGGCAAACUUGUUUUUUUGAGACAGUACAGGUCGUUCUACUCCAGUCCUCACGUACGCCCAGGGAAGAGAUGGCUCGCAGUACUCAAUCUGGUUUUCGCUAUCGGCGCAAGAUGUUUUCGCUAUUCGCAGGGGACCAACGGGGGUGUGACAGACGAUGAAACCCUAUACUUUUCGCGAGCAUGGCGACUGAGCAUGAGCGACAUUGCUCUGCUGGAUCAUCCAAACCUUCAGCAGGUACAGGUGGAAGGUUUGACUUCAUUCUAUCUGCUAUCUGUUGGACAGGUGAACCGGUCUUGGAGAAUAUGUGGCAUUUCCUUACGUUCCGCUGUUACGAUGGGAUUGAACCUUCGGAGUGAGAGUAAUACAAUUGCUCAUGUAUCUAAGGAGACUCGUUAUCGAGUCUGGUGGUCCCUUUUCAUGUUGGAUAUCUCACUGUGUGUGAUGACUGGCCGCCCACCGAGCAGUAACGAUGAAUUUCGCACUACUCCUCCACCGAUACCUUUCAAAGAGGAAGAUUUUUCUGAUGAUCGAGUGGUUCAACUGAUUGCUGAUCACGAGGCGCGAGGCCUAUUCAUGGAAGCUUUGGGCAAGACAACGGCAACGGCAACGGCGGACACGGCAUUGACACCGGAGAUAUCUGACCACAACCUGUUCAACGCGAAUAGAGAAUGUGAGCAAGUUGCGUCCAGUGCCAUUGAAUCACUAACACCGAAUAUCUCGCUCUACUUUCUCCACAAUGUCGAGUUAGGAUUGAUACUUCGAGAGGCUGUGGACACUCUGUAUGCUCCAGGAGUCGCUCGAAAACCUUGGCGUGACAUUGAACUAGCCGUCGCUGCACUCAAUUCCAAGGCAGACGUUUGGCUGUCCAGGCUUCCGCCUGCAUUUCACUUCGAGACAGGCGCCCGUGUAUUCGAGCGGCAGAGGUUGAACUUGGCACUUCGCUUUUACAGCACCAAGAUCAUUAUAGCCCAACCCUGUCUUAGCCGCCUCACUCGACAGGCUCCGGGGUCAGAGCCACCCGGAGUUGCGUGCGAGACAAUGGCGACCAUGUGUGUCGAUUUUGCGGGGCAGAUGCUCGAUCUUCUUCCUACGAUACCCGAUCCUUCCUGGGUUUACCGUGUCUCUCCCUGGUGGUGUUUUUUGCACUAUCUGAUGCAGUCAACCUCCGUCCUUCUAACUCAACUAUUACUUUUGUCAGAAGCGGGCACCGUCAGGUACAACCAACUGCUAGAGCAAGUUUCCAAAGCGGCUCGCUGGUUAUCGAAAAUGUCGACAAACGAUCCAUCUUCUGCAAGAGCGUGGCUCGUUUGCAGGGAUCUCAUCUCUCAACAUGCCCCAGAGCUUGACCUUGGAACCUUUUCAGAGCACCACAGAAAUUAA